UCGCAGGCAAGUCUGAACAUAUUUAGCGGCUGCUCGGAUCCAUCAACAGGGACUUAUGUCUACUGUAGUUAACGAGUCGAGAUAUCGGACUCAUAAAAGAACACUGGAAGCGAUGGAGAAUGAUCUGACUUUAUUAUAAGUUGCUCACGAUGAUGCGCAAUAUACAGUAGCCUAUGCUGUCGAGGUAGCUGCUGCAGUGUAAGAAAACGUUUGAGGACCAGCUUUGGACUAUACAGGCAACAUCCUUGUUCAACAUGAAUGCAGACAAGCUUACAAAAGCUGUUGCUACCGGAGACACUGAAAGAGUAAGAUUUUUACUCGAAAAUGGUAUCGACCCUAAUGGUGUCAACCGUUUUGGCAGGACACCUAUCCAGGUAAUGAUGAUGGGAAAUACCAGAAUAGCUGAGCUAUUGCUGCUGCAUGGAGCAAAUCCUAACACCGUUGACUCCAGCACCGGCCUGACCCCUAUCCAUGACGCAGCCAGAGAGGGGUUUCUGGACACUGUAGUGAUGCUAGUUCGGAAUAAUGCAGAUACCAAUGUGCGGGACAAAAGGGACUUACUACCCCUUGACCUGGCCAGAGAAAAUGGACACGAGGAACUAGUUGCUUACCUUGAAUCGCUGGAAUAACUUCUAGACUUCUUUUUUUUUUUUUUUUUUUU